UUCUUUCCUUUUUACUUUUGGAGGUGAUCUUUAAAAUACUAUAACGUCACAUGUUAUUGAGAUACAAGUUCAAAGGGAAACAUAUUUUAGUUCAGGAAAGCCUGUAGUUUUCAGAAAUGUAUACAGAGGAAAAUGGCAACAUUUCAGCAUGUGUAUGAGUUUUUCCAGGACCACCACACAAGCAGGAUCUGUUUUGGGGUUUGUUUGUUUGUUUGUUUUGUUGUUGUUCUUUUUUAAAUGGUUUCAUUUUCUUAAUAUGAAUAUGACCAGAUUAUUACCCUCCUCCAGACUUUGCUCUUUGCUGUAGAGAACAUCCACUAAUGGCUUAACUGUUAGGAGAAAUGGGUCUGUUGGAGAUUAAAGUGGCCAUACAUCCACGUUAAGUAUUAGCACACUAGCUUUUGAGACUUUUCUACUUCAACGCGCCCUCGUCGACUUGCCCUGGCUAUUUUCCCUUAGGGGGAAUCCCCAUCGCCAUUUUAAGGAGCCGUUAGUUUAUCAUAUCAUUAAGUUCGACUUUAUAAAGAGAACAGGACUACUUCCGGGCUAUAUGCUAAAAGAACCUUGUACUAAAUAAUAGAGUGUCCUUCAGACUAAUGUGGGUUUUUUAAAUACUAUAUAGUAGGGUAGUGUGUGAAUUUGAGACGUAGCCCAACUCCCUCCUCGUAGUGGGACGGCCCAUUGACACAGUAGGAUAUACCUCUGUUCACAAGUUGGGUAACUUUUCCCUCAGCAGGUACUGUACUGUAGACUGCGCUCUGUACUGCACUUGUGUGCUGGACGCGCGCGCGAUGGCUCGGAACUGACUGCUUUUACACUGAAACACAAUGGCGCCGUUUGGACGAAACUUUCUUAAAGCGCGAUUGAAAAGAAGUACAGUGUUGUUGGAUCAUAUGGUGGCUCAGGCUCGAGUUACUCCUCAGCUCUUGCUGUUCAGCUCACAUAGAUGCAGGUCUAAAGAAACAGAGGAGACACCAACUAAAGAAAUCCAAGUUUUAGUAGGCAAAGAGGAGAAAGUUGUUUCUGUUGUCACCAAGCACACAACUUGUGCUGAUGUGGUUCAGGCUUUACUGGAAGACCAUAAGACCAUACCAGAAAGUAAAAGACUCCUACAUGGAGAGCCAAAAGAGUUCUGUCUCCUGGAGCGGUGGAAGGGGUUUGAGAGAGCUCUGCCUCCCCUCACACGUAUCCUCCGCUUGUGGAAUGCAUGGGGUGAUGAGAGACCCUUCAUACAGUUUGUCUUAGUGAAGACUAGUGAGUUUGUAGCCAAAAGGGCUUCAAAGUCUAAGGGGCUCAGGUCUAAGAGAUGGGAGCAGGGUCCAGUGCAGUAUGCCAGGAACCUUCCUGUGGAGCGCCAGAAACGCAUGGUGAAGAAGGCCUUUCGCAAACUGGAGAAAAUGCAGAAGCCAGGAAGCUCAGAGGGUUCUGUGGAAAUUGACAAAAUGGUGCAACUUAUCAUCUCCCAGGACUACACCAUACGACAGCAACUCCACCAGAUACGAGAACUGGACCUGGAGCUCGAGCUUGUGGAGCAGCAGCUGAGAGAAAACUGUCUGCCUGAUUCCAAGCUCACUGAGAGUGCCAACAGCCAAUUGUUUUCAUUGUCUAUAUUCCAGGGUGAGGACCAACUGCAGGAAUACCUGUAUACCAGUGAUGGUAUUGCACAACUGGACCUACAGGUGCUCAGACAUCAGGAGCUCAUUGAUGAGCUUUCUAGAGACAUUGACCUGGAGCUGAGGAAAGCUGUUUCCACAUUGGACACUGAGGAACUUGAGGGGGCAACAGCUGCAAAUCCUGCUUUGGAAUUUGACCCCAUCUCUGCCCUGUCCUCUGCAGAAUCUUUAGAGCUGGAUACCUUGCAGAGUGAGUUGGAGGCAAGUAUGAGAGCAGGAAUUUCCCUCCACACCCAAACCCAGGACCUAGAAAAGGAGCUUCAGCAUAAUGCAACAUUGCUGCAGACCAGAAACCAGGAAUACCAGCACCUUAUUGCCCAGCUGAGCUCAAUGCAGCUGGAGGACUGUGCUGAGCCAUCCAUCCCUGCUUAUCUGAAGAACCCAGUCAGGCCUGAUGUGUCCCAGAAGACCACAGGGACAUUUCGACAGAAACUUUCACCUAGUGAUGUGACAGACACAGACUCAGACACUGGCAUUAGCUCUACUCAUAGUCAGGACUCACUGUCUCCUUGCGUGGACAGACAGCCCCCUCUGGACACUGACGUCUAAAUGAUGGACAUGCAAAUAUACAAUGCAAAGCCCACUUUAUCAGCUGGUCUUGAUGAAUAGGUGGUCUCAACGAAGGUCUUUAUAAUUAGGCUCUUUCAAAGAAGCUCUUUUUAAUUAGGGCCUUGUUCAAUUGAUAGAAAUACUUAAAAUUGUGAUGCAUUAAUAGCAAUGAACAUGUACAUCAUGUGUAACAUAUGUUGCCUUGCAUAAGUGAUGUAAGCCCCUCUAUACACUGUAUGGCCAAAUGUUUGUGGACACCUGACCAUCACACCCAUAUGUAGUUCUUCCCCAAACUGCUGCCACAAAGUUGGAAGCACACAAUUGUAUAAGAUGCCUUUGUAUGCUGUACCAUUACAAUUUCUCUCCAAUCUAAGGGGCCCAUUCCAAAUGUUCCAUUUUAAGAAAAUCCUCAUUUUUCACACUUUUUUUUUUUUUACAUCUUAUUUAUAAAGAAUGUAAGUAUUUAAAGUAUAUAUACAAUAUAUAUAAAUAAAAUAGGCUUAUAAUUGAAAGUAUAAUUGUUUUAUAUUAAAACAUACCACAGAAUUUGUGUAGAACCUCUACCAACUUCUCAGAAAUGCUUUUUUGUGUAAACCAUUUCUACACCAUGUAGCCUGUUUCAUAAAGCUAUGAUAUUAACUAAUACUUAUUUGUACAGUAGAGAUUGUGAUAAACAUACAUGUACUUUUAAAUUACUUAGAAAAGGUGACUUUAUUUAUUACAUAAAUGAUUUUUUAAAAUCACAGACUAUUUCACUGAUUCACAAUGUAUUCUUACAUAGAUAAGUUUAAAUUGUCAAAUUUACACUGUCACAUCUUGGAGGAUUUCACUUCUUUAUUUGCCUUAAGAAUUUUUUUUUUUUUUUCAAUAAAAUCACAGUAAAAUUGUGUAAACUUUCCUUUUUAGAAUAGCCACACACAACUACACUGUAUCACUACAGCCUCUGUGAAAAUGAAACAACACAUGCAGCAGGAAUGCAGCUUAACUCAGGUGUAAUGAUGGGGUAAGUGAGGAAUUCUAAUUGAAACAGCACUGUACACCUCUUCAGUUCAGGCCAGGAAAGAGACAUUUGAGCUGUUUGGCAUGAAGCAAUUCCCUCAUUUUCUUUGUCUUUGAAUGUGCAAUAGGCCAAUGCAAUCUCAUUAAAGUGCUGUUUUCUUGCUAUGUAAUGUAAUAUUCUCCUGCUCACUCAAAUAGGGACGUUAUUAUUAUAUGUUAUUGGGUUAUCAUGCACAAUGUGUUGUCAUGAUAGGGGUGUUAUAAUGCUAAUCAGAAGCUCAUCAGGCUCAAUAUAUACUGCAAUAUAUAUAUAUAUAUAUAUACACACACACACACAUACAUACACAAUCGUAUGAAAAAAUAAGUACACCCCAUGGAAAUUGUUGGCUUUUUUGAUAUAUUUAGACAAGCAAACAUUUGAUCAUCUUUGAAACAGUGCCUAUUUAUGAAGUUGAUAUAGUCGAACAAAACCACAAGGAAAAUGAGCUUUUUCAAUAAUUUAUUCAACAGAAAUAUCAAUAGAUGUGAUAUUCUUCUGUGGAAAAAAAGGUAAGUACACCCUUGGCCUCAGAAGCUAGUAUUGCCUCCUUUAGCAAAAAUAACUUCUCGUAGACAUU